UCCCCAAGUUUUCCUAAGUCUCCCUAAGUCUCCAUAAGUCUCCCUAAGUCUCCCUAAGUCUUCCCGAAGUCUCCCUAAGUCUCCAUAAGUCUCCCUAAGUCUUCCCGUAUUGUAUUGUGUUACUGUUAACUGUAAUGUGUGUGUUAACUGUAAUGUGUGUGUUAACUGUAUUGUGUUACUGUUAACUGUAAUGUGUGUGAACUGUAAUGUGUGUGUUAUUGUGUGUGUAGCUCAGAUUGAGGUGAUUCCCUGUAAGAUCUGUGGUGAUAAAUCAUCAGGAGUUCACUAUGGAGUCAUCACCUGCGAGGGCUGCAAGGGUUUUUACCGGCGUAGCCAGCUGCCGUCCGUGUCCUACUCCUGUUCCAGACAGAGUAACUGUCCUAUAGACAGAGCCAGCCGCAACCGCUGCCAGAGCUGCCGACUGCAGAAGUGUGUGACCCAGGGCAUGAGCCGGGAUGCGGUGAAGUUUGGUCGGAUGUCGAAACGUCAGCGGGAGUCUCUGCGUGCCGAGGUGGAGAGACACCGUCAGCAGCAGCAGCAGCAUCUCCAGGCAGAGGCCCAACCCGCCCUGUCCUACCCCAGCAAGGCAUGCCGUUUCCGGACACCCCACCUGCUCCAGGCCGCGGCUCCGGCCUACUCCUUCCCUGGAGAGCCAGAGCUGCCACCCUGCCCGACCGAUGUGCUCCCCUACCUGGUGUGCUCCCCAGGCGAGUCCCAGGCUCCAGGUCUGGCCUACCAGGGCUCCUGUGUGUCUCCUGGUAGUGGGCAAUCAGACGAAAGAGGGUUCGACUCCCGUCAGCCGUCUCCUGACCAGACGAUAGGGAUGGGAAUUAGAUCGUAUGACCCAGAAGACCCUUACUGCCCUUACCCCCCCUCCCCCUCCCUGCUACACAUAGAGGAGCUGUGUGACAGUAUCGUGCGGUCCCAUAGGGACACCAGUCAGUUCAGACUAGAGGAACUACAGGCUCUGAGAUGGAAGUUGUUCAGCAGAGAGGAGAUCCAUGCCUACCAGAGCAAGUCAGUAGAUGAGAUGUGGCAGCACUGUGCCGUGAGGCUGACUGAAGCGGUACAGUACGUGGUGGAGUUUGCCAAACGCAUCCCAGGGUUCCGUGGGCUUGGACAGAACGACCAGAUCACCUUGCUCAAGACUGGAUCGAUGGAGGUGGUUCUGGUUAGAAUGAGCAGGUGUUUUAACACAGAGAACAGCACCAUCUUCUUCGAUGGGAAGUUUGGCAGCACUGAACUUUUCAAGUCUCUGGGCUGUGGUGAUCUGAUGGUGGCGGUGUUUGACUUCGCUCACAGAAUGUGUGCCCUGAGACUGACUGAGCAGCAGAUGGCUCUCUUCAGCUCAAUGGUGCUCAUUAACCCUGAUCGCCCCUGUCUUGAGGAUAGAGGCAGAGUACAUAGAAUGAGAAGAGACUUGGAGGUAUGCCUCAGCCACAUGCUACGCAGAGACAACCAGGAGAGCCUUCAGCACAAGCUCUACCAGAAGGUGUCAGUGUUGCGGUCUCUGUGCAGUCUUCAUGUGGAGAAGCUGCACUGGUUCAGCCAGCGCUACCCGCUCACCGUCCACUCUGUCUUCCCUCCUCUAUACAAGGAGCUGUUCACCUCUGACCUGCCUUCUGUGGACUCCCUGUGAACUCCCUCUGAACUGCACCGUACAUGUUGACAGAUAAUUAGACAAAGAAACAUGCAUACAGUAGACAGACACACACAAACACACACAGACACACAAACACACACAGAAACACAAACACACACAGAAACACAGACACACACAGAGACACAGACACUCACAAAGACACAGACACACACAGACACUUAGAGACACACAGACACACAGAGACACAGACAGAGACACAGACACACAAACUUAGAGACACAGACACAUGAGAAUGCAUUGAUAACAUGAGAUGAAAUUACUUUGAAUGCUUCACUUGUUGAAUAAAUAUGUUUUUGUCAUUUCAGAGAGCAAUGAUUUGAUUUGAUGAUUAUUUCAGUAGCCUUUUAGUGAUUGGACAUUGAAGUGAUUUUCAUGCAAAACAAUGUUUUAUAUGUUGUUGUUUUGUUUUUCCUUUUUGAGGGUGUUAAUUCGUCCUUGAGAUGAUGUUAUUUUGACUCAGGGCGGCUGUUGUGACUGUUGGGGCGGCUGUUGUGACUGUAUCCAGACCAGUUGCUAGCUGGUAUAAAUGACCAUAUUUAGAUGAUCACUAUGAAAUCUAAUAGGUGUUUUCUGAGUUGUUUUUAAAUGUUUGACUUUACAGAGUUGGCUAACCCAUCAGACUGAGUACCUGAGCUAUAGCCCAUGGGCCCCACGGUUCAGGAGCCAAACACACAGUCAAGUAUAUAGCUAGUCUUCUCAAAGAACUGUGUGUGGAUCGAAUUUGACCAACAAUCCUAUCUGUCUCUAUGGAGUUUUAAAAGAGGCUGUGUGUUGCAUUAAAACAGAGUCAGAAAUCCUAGACAGGCAGAAAUGUAAAUAUGAGCAUCUAUAGAACAUAUAGAACGUAGAUGCUGGGUAAUAUUGCUGUAGAACUACAGUAUGUAGGCAUUUGAAUGACUAACUUUGAGCAUGACUGUUAUUUUAAACAGAUUUCACAAACAUUACCGGUGUGUUUCUUUAACAUUCUCUCUCUGUCUCCUAAGUGUUACCAUGGUGAUUCCCAUGGCUUCCAAUAAACUGCUGACAUGAUUUA